ACGAGGAGCACGAAGAGAAAGAACCGCAGACGCGCGCACACGGGAACGCGCCCAGACACUAAAUCCGCUAGAUUACUAAACCCGUCUCACACCAAGGAAAAUAUUUAUGUUUUUACCGUUUUAGCUCAUGUUAAUGUACGGACCAACUCUACCCGCGGUUCGCCUUAAGGAAACUAAACUAUUCUGUGGAAUACAACUAUUUGGGAGGACGCCUUAUUUGUUUGUUUUUUCUUUUUGUUGAAACAGAGCCCCACAGGGUUGUCGGGCCAGUGGGUUGUUAGGAGUUGGAACAACGGAGAGCUUCCCUUAAUACUUUGCAUUAAAAUAAAGUAUUGUUUAGGGGGAUAUUGGAGGAUAAUACACGUCAACGUUACCCGUUAGCUAUUCAUUUAGCGGUUAACAAUGACCCAAAGAGAAAGGGCUAUUCUCUGGACUGGCCAAAACAGUGUCAAAGGCUAGGCUAGCUUUUGGUUCUAACUGUUAUUAAAGCUACUCAGUGUUGAACAAGCGGAUAUUUAUACCUGAUGGGACACUUAUACUACUCCAAAGACGAAACUGUCCGAGGACACUGACACUAGUGUGGCGUUUUAAUGUUCCUUUGUCAUAUUCCUAAUUGAAUGACCAAGGAUUCAACAUGUCAUUUUUUAAUUUCCGUAAAAUAUUUAAAUUGGGAUUAGAGAAGAAGAAGAAACAGUAUGAACACGUGCGCAGGGAUGAAAAUCCAGAGGAAGUAUGGGACAUUAUCGGCGAAUUGGGAGAUGGAGCCUUUGGAAAAGUGUUUAAGGCUCAGAACAAACAGACGGGAAUUCUUGCCGCAGCCAAAGUUAUCGACACAAAAACGGAGGAGGAGUUGGAGGACUACAUGGUGGAGAUCGACAUCCUGGCCUCCUGCGACCACCCAAACAUCGUCAAACUGCUCGAUGCUUUCUAUUUUGAUGGCAAACUCUGGAUCCUCAUUGAGUUCUGUGGAGGAGGGGCGGUGGAUGCAGUCAUGCUAGAGCUGGAGAGACCCCUGACAGAGCCGCAGAUCCGGGUAGUGUGUAGGCAGACUCUGGAGGCCCUCGUCUAUCUCCACGACAACAAAAUCAUCCACAGAGACCUGAAGGCCGGCAACAUCCUCCUCACACUGGACGGGGACGUCAAGCUGGCUGACUUUGGCGUGUCUGCCAAAAACACCAAAACCCUGCAGAGGAGAGACUCAUUCAUUGGGACGCCUUACUGGAUGGCUCCGGAGGUGGUGAUGUGCGAGACGUCCAAGGACCGUCCGUACGACUACAAGGCAGACAUCUGGUCCCUCGGGGUCACCCUGAUCGAGCUGGCACAGAUCGAGCCACCUAAUCACGAGAUGAACCCCAUGAGAGUGCUGCUGAAAAUAGCCAAGGCCGAUCCUCCAACGCUGAUGCAGCCGUCCCGCUGGUCCCCAGAGUUCAGUGACUUCUUAAAGCGGUGUCUGGACAAGCAUGUGGACAACAGAUGGACUCCGACACAGCUGCUGCAGCAUCCAUUCGUGUCCAGCGUGAAGGACAGCCGGCCUGUGAGGGAGCUCAUCGCUGAAGCCAAGGCUGAGGUCACUGAGGAGAUCGAGGACCACAAAGAGGAAGAGGAGGAGGAAGACCCAGAAGCACACCUGGGCCACAAACGCGGCCCCUCGGAUGUGAGCGUGGCCAGCUCGGAGGAUGAGAAGAUCCCCCUCUCUCCCUCCAGCUUGGAAUCCGUCCCUGAGAAGGUUGAGCCAGGUGUGCCCUUACCCAGGCCUACUGAGCUCCCUGUGGACAACAAUGUGGUGGACACAAGCUUAGUGGAGGAGCCCGCGACCCCUGCGGCUGAGGAGCCCAUGGAGGUGACUCCUAACACUCCAGCUGAAGAUGGAGAAGAGAAAGCCGUGGAGGAGGAUGAUACCUCCCCAGAACCAGAGGCACCUGCGAAGGAAAUGCAGCAGCUGGAGAUCGCCGUUGAGGACGAAAAGGAAGUGGACACUGCCGAGGUUCCUCCGAGUUCAGAGGUCACGGAAGCUCCUCAGGAGGAAAACAUGGAGGAACCAAUCACACCAGCAGAGGAGGAGGAGGAGGACGAGGAGGAGCGCUACAAAAACCUCAAAGUGACAUUGACACUACCAGAGCAAGAUAAAGUGGUCCCAAAAGAGCAGAAUGGAGAGAAGCCCUCAGAAAAGGAGACCGCAGAAGACGAAAAGAUGGUUCCAGACCGAGCUAAGGACGACAGGGAGAGGGAUUCAGACUCUGGGUCCGGAUCAGCCGCUGAUAACAGCAGUGUGGACCUCAACCUCUCCAUUUCAAGCUUCCUGUCCAAAACUAAAGAGCCUGGAUCCGUCUCCGUACAGGACAACAAGCGUCAUAAGAAGACGCUGAAAAAGACUCGCAAAUUCCUUGUGGACGGAGUGGAAGUCAGCGUUACUACAUCAAGGAUCAUCACUGAGAACGAUACGAAGAACGAGGAGAUGAGAUUCCUCAGGCGCCAGGAGCUGAGGGAGCUGCGCCUCCUGCAGAAGGAGGAGCAGAGGGCCCAGCAGCAGCUCAGCAACAAGCUGCAGCAGCAGAAAGAGCAGAUCUACCGCCGCUUCGAGCAGGAGACCACGAGUAAGAAGCGUCAGUACGACCAGGAGGUGGAGAACCUGGAGCGGCAGCAGAAGCAGACCAUCGAGCGGCUGGAGCAGGAGCACACCAACCGCCUCCGGGACGAGGCCAAGCGCAUCAAAGCCGAGCAGGACAAGGAACUGUCCAAGUACCAGAACAUGCUGAAGAACCGAAAGAAAGAGGAACAAGAGUUCCUUCAGAAGCAGCAGCAGGAUCUGGACAGCGCUCUGAAGAAGAUCAUCCAGCAGCACAAGCACGAGCUCGCCACCAUCGAGAGGGACUGCCUCAACCACAAGCAGCAGCUCCUCCGAGCUCGUGAGGCGGCCAUGUGGGAGCUGGAGGAGCGCCACCUGCAGGAGAAGCACCAGCUGUUCAAGCAGCAGCUCAAAGACCAAUACUUCAUGCAGAGGCACCAGCUGCUGAAGAGACAUGAGAAGGAGAUGGAGCAGAUGCAGCGCUACAACCAGCGUCUGAUCGAGGAGAUGAAGAACAAGCAGACGCAGGAGAGGACCCGGCUGCCCAAGAUCCAGCGCAGUGAGGCCAAGACGCGUAUGGCCAUGUUCAAGAAGAGCCUCCGGAUCACCGGCGCCGCCAUCACCCCCGAGCAGGAGAGGGAGAAGGUCAAACAGUUUGCAGCGCAGGAAGAGAAGAGGCAGAAGAACGAGAGGCUCCACCAGCAGCAGAAGCAUGAGAACCAGAUGAGAGACCUGCAGCUGCAGUGUGACGCCAACAUCCGGGAGCUGCAGCAGAUGCAGAACGAGAAGUGCCACCUGCUCAUCGAACAUGAGACCCAGAAGCUGAAGGAACUGGACGAGGAGCACAGCAUGGAGCUGAAGGAGUGGAGGGAGAAACUAAGACCCAGGAAGAAGGCCCUGGAGGAGGAGUUUGCCAGGAAGCUGCAGGAACAGGAAGUGUUCUUCAAGAUGAGCGGAGAGUCCGAGUGCCUUAACCCCUCCCAGAGCCGCAUCUCCAAGUUCUACCCCAUCCCCUCAGUCCACUCCACGGGUUUCUAGAUGAAACCUCUGCACACGUGCACAGACACACACAUGGACGUAAUGAGCACACACACAGACCGACAGUAAAGAGCCCGUGCUGCCUUGCCUUCAUCCUCUGAAACAGUUUGAGGAUGUCAGAAGACUUUCUUCCAGAGUCUGCAGCUCUGUUUUCUCAUAUUUUCACACUAUUAGACUUAUUCCAAAGGGGAAAUAUGAAGGAGAUUUUCAGAUUCAGUGUUUCGAUCCUCACCUCAAAGUGAAGUAGCUCUCUGCCCGACUUUCCUUUCGUGACUGAACUGUUUUUAUAAUAAAUAAUCCAGUGCCUGAGGAAUGUCAUCUGUUUGGCUUUUAAAUCCAAGCAAUUUCUAAUAAAUAUCUGCUGCUCUUUUUCUCACAUGUAGACAUUUGCUCUCAGUAAGGAGAGCAUUUUUAUACCACUUAUUUAACAUUUCAUAUGGCUAAAUACUAAAUAGCAACCUUAUCAUUUAAUAUUGAUCAUAAAAUAGAUGUAUUUCUGCUACAGGAGACGCAUUUAGGUCUCUUAAAGCGAUAUAUUAUUAUGUAACAUGUCUCUUUUAGGCUGAUUUUGAGGUUAAACUGAUGCACAACUUCAAAAUAAGCUUUAGGAAUCUCUCCAGCAGAAAUGAUUCCUUCUUUAUAGGGUUUUUUUCCCAGAAUGCCUUCCUGUCUCGAGCUUGAGAGUUUUUAGCGUCCGGCAGAAAGUACAGUAGAGAUGGUGUUUACAUACACAAAGGGCCACUGUUAGGAAACCACUGUGGGGCAGAAACAAAGACUGCCGAACAAGCAUUUACGUACCUGUUUGUUGCUUUGUUUUUUUUAGGUAACACCACUUUAUUGUUGUCAAGCAGAAAUUGGAGCAGAAUUCAGGGACUUUUCAUUGAUGUCGAUUCGGAAAAUUCGACAUUUGUAAGAGUUUCCAACGCCUGCCUUACAGAAUCCAACAUAUUUCGGUUCAGACAAACGAUGAUGAUGCAUCCUGUGUUUUCUCUCUGGUUUGCUUCAUAAGCCUCAUCAUAAUGUUUUUGCUGCCCAGCAUAUCCUUGAUAUGGAAUUAUUUUGAUUAAAAUACUCUUUUCAAUGUCGUGCUAGCUAAUAGCCUUAUUCUUUAAAGCAGCUGUAUAGAUAUACUGUAUACCUGAUGUGAUCGCCUUUAAAGAUUUUAGUAAGGCUUAUGGUGUAAUGUGCAGCUCUGAAGCACAUUUUAGAAUUAUUGCAUCUGUACUCAAAGAAACAAACGGUGCGCUUAGCAUUUCUCUUAUUGUUAUUGAGGCAGAUGUAAUAUGAAUGUGAUAUUCGAUGCAGUUGUUAAAACAAACAAAAAUGGACCUGACUGGUUUAGGUCAUCCUGACUUCUGAUUGGGUCAUUCUAUCAUCUCAUUUCUUUGUGAUUGGCUAUUGGGAGUUAAGGUAUUUAAUAACUGAUCUAUUAUGUACAAAAAUUGCAUCGAAGUGCUGUGCACCUUUUUACGAAUCUUUCUCAGUAGCAAUGGAUAUGAAACUGCAACCCCCACAAUGCAGCAUCUGUACUAUUCACUCAGAAGAGGUUUGCAGACUACCCACAACAUCAUUACAGAAUAAUCAGUUCUUGGUCUGUUGUCUGUUUUAUUCUUCAACAAAAAAAAAAUCUGAAUGUUGACUGAAACAAUGUUAUCCAUAUCAAAAGUGUUAUGCAUUUAAAAAAAAAUAAAUGUAUAGUUUUUAGAAUACUUGUGUAAUGUAGAUUUUCAUUUUGCUGUAAAUAAACGUUUUCCUCUGUA